AUGGAACCCCUCAAUGUUCAGCCACAGACUCUUCCACUCGAUCUAUCAGCAUACGGCUUCACACCGCCGCUGCUGUCUCUACCCGUAAUACAUCCGGCGUUGUUGUCAUCUAUCGUCGAUAUGCAGAAUGCAAAUUCCAAAUAUCUUUCAAUUGACCCUGGUGAAUCCGGAAAAUUCAAUCAACCUGAAAGUAACAAUAACGAAACUGCACCUCCACAGGUGUCUUCAUCGCGUUCGGAUAGCGAUUCUACUGUAUCACCAGCGGCACCGCGUCACAAUGUUAUUGUAAAGAAUCAUUCCAAGAGGAAAAAAGAACUCGUUAAAGACAGUGCGUAUUGGGAACGGCGACGGAAGAAUAACGAUGCAGCGAAAAAAAGCCGAGACAGUCGACGGCAGAAAGAAGACGACAUGGCCUGUCGAGCAGCGACUCUCGAGCAGGAGAACAUUAAGCUGAGAGCAGAGCUGGAGCAGUUGAAGAACGAGACAGGACACCUGCGAGCACUCAUGCUACAUGCGCCGGUGAAGGUUCCGCUCUCGCUACAUCACCCGAUUGGCUCAACAUCGCUGCAUACAAAUAUCUCGAUGAUUGCUGCUCCGUCCGUGAUUACGACCACGGACUUCUGUGGGAGUCUUCCACAUCUUCCAUUCAGCACUGGACCACCAAGAAAUACAGUACUAGUGAACAAUUUGAAGACUUAA